GUGUCCCUGGCGGCUUUGGUGGUUUCUUAAGGAUGAGGUGGAGACAUUAGUAAGUCAUGCUUUCCUUUAAUUCCUAGCUCCUGUGGUCUCCAGAUUCGAGGCAUAAGAUGAAAGACUCUGGUCUUGCCUUCAGCCUUCUUUCUGCUGUGUUGUAUCUCUUCUGGACUCCUUCUGCUGGCCUGAAGACACUCCACCUGGGAAGCUGUGUGAUCGCCACAAACCUUCAGGAAAUACAAAGUGGAUUUUCUGAGAUACGAGACAGUGUGCAAGCCAAAGAUGAAAACAUUGACAUGAGAAUCUUAAGGAGGACCGAGUCUUUGCAAGACGCAAAGCCAGCUGAUCAAUGCUGCCUCCUGCGCCAUUUACUGAGACUGUAUCUGGACAGGGUAUUCAAAAACUACCAGACCUCUGACCAUCACACCCGCCGGAAGCUCAGCGGUCUCGCCAAUUCCUUUCUUACCAUCAAGAAGGAUCUCCGGCUCUGUCAUGCCCACAUGACAUGCCAUUGUGGGGAGGAAGCAACGGAGAAAUUCAGCCAGAUUCUGAGUCACUUCAAAGAGCUGGAGCCGCAGGCUGCAGUCGUGAAAGCCUUGGGGGAACUGGACAUUCUUCUGCAGUGGAUGGAGGAGACAGAAUAGGAGGACAGUGACGCUGCUGCUGAGAGUGGUCCUGGCCAAGAGUCCCAGUCCUCAGCACCCCUGGGAGCAUGACCCCAAACCACCAUCUCUUUGCCAUAUAAUUUAGUGCUGGUCACAGUGUAUAUUAUUUAUUUAUUAUUUGUUUCCUUAUGUGGUUGUCUUUCUGUGUCCCCAAUCUUAAUUGAGACUAUAUUGUCAUAAGAUUUUUGUAAUAUCUUUUCUACUGUUGGAUAUAUUUAUUAGUUAAUAUAUUUAUUUAUUUUUUGCUAUUUAGCUUAUUUAUUUUUGUACUUGAACGUGAGACUUUAAAAAAAAUUCACAGAUUAUAUUGACAAGAGCA